AUGGAAGGGUAUGAAGAUGUAUCGCCUCUGCCGCUAGAUACAGGUUUUAAAGAUGAGUUGUGUCAGAUCAUGUACACUGAUGAGUACAGAAUGGUCGUUGGUACUGCCAGAGCAUUGAUGGAGAGGAGGGAGUACUCUGAGAGAGCUAAGGAACUGACUGGGCGAGUGAUUGAUUUGGCUCCAGCCUAUUAUACUGCAUGGAAUUACAGGUUUGACAUUUUAAUGCAUUUGGCACGCGGUAAUGUAGAAUUGUUGAAUCAAGAAUUAGAGUGGAUUGAUGAAGUUACGUUGAACAACCCUAAGAACUAUCAGAUUUGGUCAUACAAGGAAGCUGUUUUGAAGAAUCACCCCUCACCAAGUUUCAAGAGAGAAUUACCCAUUUUACAGCUGAUGCUAGAUGAGGAUACCAAGAACUACCACGUUUGGUCAUUCAGGAAGUGGUGUGUUCUUUUCUUUGGAGAUUUUAGCCACGAGUUAGGAUAUACAGAAUCGUUAUUGGAAAGGGACGUUUAUAACAAUAGUGCAUGGACACACAGAAUGUUCGUGCUAAAAAAUACGAGUCCCAGUCAUGACCAUGUAUUGGAAGAAAUUGAAUAUGUCAAAGGUAAGAUCGAGUUAGUUCCUCAAAACAUAAGUGUCUGGACUUAUUUACGUGGAUUAUAUGAGAAUUUCCUGAAUGCCAACUACGAUGAUGAAAUUAUACAGUUUACGAGUACUUUUACUCAUGGUGUAGAGGAAGAGGAUGAAACCGAUGUAAAUGUGGAAAUAGAAUCAUCGUGUGCAUUGGAAUUUAUAGCACACGUCUACGCAUUGCGUGGUGGAGCAAUGACUAGAAAAGCCAUAAACGCCUACAAAGGAUUGGCUACGAAGUACGAUCCCAUUAGGAAAAAUCUGUGGGAACUCAAGAUUUCUAGGGUUACAAAAAGUUGA